AUGGCGAACGAGUUGCAUGCACGGCGUCUUGUUCGAAAGAACCCAUCGGAUAUUGUCAGUGGCAUAAACGAUGAGCGUGAAGCAUCUAUAUCUCGUACGAAUGGAGCGCCGGUCGCAUUGGAGAGGAAUAUCGGUCUGCCAACGGCUAUUUCCAUUAUAAUGGGUUGUAUAAUAGGAUCUGGUAUAUUCAUAUCUCCCAAGGGUGUCUUACUGUAUAGUGGCUCGGUUGGUACUGCCUUGAUCGUAUGGGGUGUAUGUGGUAUUGUUGCGUUUCUCGGUGCUUUGUGUUACGCGGAGUUGGGAACCACAAUCAAGAAAUCGGGAGGAGACUAUACGUAUCUCUAUGAGGUAUACGGUUCGUUUAUGGCUUUCUUGAUGAUAUGGGUUUAUUUGGCAAUUAUUGGGCCUGGUAACAUUUCAAUAAUUUCACAGACAUUUGCAGUAUAUGCAAUUGCACCGUUCUAUCCUGACUGCGAUCCACCCCAACUCGCUGUGGUACUUGUGUCUGAAUCAUGCAUAUUUUUGAUAUAUUUCUACAACUGUAUCACAGUGCGUGGAACAGCAUGGGUUCAGAUUGUAACGACAAUCGCUAAAGUAUUCGGGUUACUCAUUAUAAUUGUGGUUGGAAUUGUACAGUUAUUUCAAGGGCAAACUGAAUAUUUAAAUUUUGAUGGACCCGGAACAUCUAUCACUCGUAUUUCAUUAGCUUUAUAUGCCGGUCUAUUUUCGUACGGCGGCUGGACUGCACUGAAUGCGAUUACAGAGGAGCUGAACAAACCAAACAGGGAUUUUCCAGUGGCAGCUUCUGUGUCGAUGUUGUUGAUCACCGCUAUAUAUGUAAUGACUAACAUCGCCUACUUCACCGCCAUGUCACCCACGGAACUUCUGAGAUCACCAGCAGUCGCUGUGACAUUUGGAGACAAGCUUCUUGGUGACUGGGCGUGGACAAUGCCGGUAGUUGUUGCAAUUUCCACAUUUGGAACAACAAAUGGAAGCAUCCUCACAUCAUCCAGAAUUAUAUUUGCUUGUGCAAGGGAUGGUUAUCUUCCAGAUUUACUAAGCAUGGUACAAAUGAAAUACAACUCACCUAUGCCAUCAUUGAUCAUAAUGAUUCCAAUUAUCAUUCCUAUAUUUUUUGCGAUGUUCGCAUAUUUUCUGGUUUUUGUUUCAAUAUUUUCCGCAACAAUGGAGGCUGUAAUCGGACUUAUCAUUAUAUUAACUGGUGUACCAGUAUAUUUUUAUUCAGUGUGGACUAAUAAACCACGAUGGUUAUCAAGGAUGUUCAGUAGAAGCAAAUAUUCACUUCAAAAAUUGAUGCUUGUCAUGAAACAAGAAAUUGAAACAUACUGA